GCAAAGAGACCACAUGAUUAUGGAAUACAAAAUGGAAUAUAAGAAGAUGUUUUGGUUCUAAUAGUGAACCGUGGCAGAUUUGGUUGAGGAUCAAGCGUUUUAAUUACAUCAGACAAAAACACAAGAAAGUGGGAGAUGUCUACCAGCUGGUGUCUAUUCUAUUGAGAAACUAUACUUGCGGCUGCUGUACCUUGAAGAUCCAAGUGUGAGUCCCACAACCCUGAAAGCUUUGUCUUCAACAUUUAUAUUGACUACAGGAUGGAUGAUGAUGACAAAGAUGCAGCCAACCUUUCUUCUGUCCGGAAACCUCCCAGUUGACAUAAAUUAAUGGAGGAAAAGCCACUGCUUUUGUGAAUAGAAAAUAAUGACCUUGUAAUUUUGUCCCCUUAAGACUGGAAAAUGGAAUCUAUUCAUAAAGUUGUGGAUAAUCUAGAAGUUCCUCAAAGUGAUGCCUGUAAAGAUUCAGAAGGCACAAAAGCAGUGAAGGAAGAAGGCCUGAACCGGCCCCUUCAAAACUCUAACUGGAAACCGUUUAUUAGUGAGAAUGUGAACAAUGAGACAGAAUUUUCCAGGUGUCCCAAAGAAUGUCAUGACAACUUAUCAACUGAGCCAAUGAGGAUGGAAGAAGGGGAUCAGAGGGUCUUUAUAAAUAUUGCAGGUCUAAGAUAUGAGACACAUCUCAAAACACUCAGUGAGUUCCCUGACACAUUACUUGGAGACCCUCAAAAAAGAAUCCAUUAUUUUGAUUCCAUGAGGAAUGAAUAUUUUUUUGACAGAAAUCGUCCAAGUUUUGAUGGAAUUCUAUAUUAUUACCAAUCUGGUGGAAAAAUAAGGCGUCCUGCAAAUGUCCCCAUAGAUGUUUUUGCAGAUGAGAUUGUUUUUUAUGAACUUGGAAAUGAUGCUUUGGAUCAGUUUCGAGAGGAUGAAGGUUUUCUUAAGGAUCCUGAAAUACCGUUGCCAACCAAUGACUAUUACAGACAAUUUUGGUUGCUUUUUGAAUACCCUGAAAGCUCAAGUGCUGCAAGGGGAAUGGCAUUGGUCUCUGUUUUAGUUAUAGUCAUCUCCAUACUCAUCUUCUGCUUGGAAACAUUGCCAGAAUUCAGAGAAGAAAGAGAUUUUCAAAUGCACAGGGAUUCAAGCAACUACACAGAGUACAUAACAUACCUAAGCACCUUGACAGAUCCUUUUUUUAUGAUAGAAACUAUUUGUAUAAUAUGGUUUUCUUUUGAACUAAUUGUCAGGUUUAUUGUCUGUCCGAGUACUUCUGAGUUCUUUCAGAACAUCAUGAAUAUCAUUGAUAUUGUAUCUAUCAUUCCAUAUUUUGUAACUCUCAUAACUGAACUUGUAAAGCCACCAGAACCUAAUGGCCAGCAAAACAUGUCUUUAGCAAUUCUACGGAUUGUCCGUCUGGUUAGAGUGUUUAGAAUUUUCAAGCUAUCAAGACACUCAAAGGGACUUCAGAUUUUAGGGCAAACCCUAAAAGCUAGUAUGAGAGAACUAGGUUUGCUAAUAUUUUUUCUCUUCAUUGGCGUAAUACUCUUCUCUAGUGCUGUGUAUUUUGCUGAGGUUGAUGAACCUAAAUCUCAAUUUGUUAGCAUCCCUGAUGGUUUUUGGUGGGCUGUGGUGACAAUGACAACUGUUGGUUAUGGAGAUAUGUGCCCUAUUACAUUGGGGGGUAAGUUUGUGGGGACUCUGUGUGCUAUUGCAGGGGUCUUGACCAUUGCUCUACCAGUCCCAGUAAUAGUGUCUAACUUUAAUUACUUUUAUCACAGAGAAACAGAGAAUGAAGACAGACAAAGUUUACCAGUGGAUCUAGAAAAGAUAAGUUUAACAAAUGUUACACGUUCAGGAAGUAUAACCUCUCUGAAGAAAAACAAUGGCUCUUGUGUACAAGACAAAAAUGGUGGUAGCUAAAUGUUGGAAACUAUUUACUAAAUUGGGAGUUGUGUAGAAAUGUCAAGGGGAUUGUAAAUGUUAGGCUAAAUAUAAACAAAUUAGAAAAAUCUCCAACUUGGCUAUUUUUACAGCUCAAUAAUUUUAGACUGAAAUUUACAAUUCUGUUGUCAAUGUUCUCCAAUUAAUUGUUUAAUUGUUCUUAUACACACCAGAGUAAAUUUUGACACUAUGUUAAAUGUAAAAUAGGAGCACACAGAUGAAAUUGCUGGUCAAUAAUUUAUUAGCUAAAAACAGUCAAAGGAUGUUGUAAAAUAAAUUAUUUUAUAUUUUGGAAUACAGAAUUCUGUGAACAAAAUGACAAUACUAUAACAAGCAAACAUGUAAACAAUAUUAUUAAUAUGUCUGAGAAAACAAUCCAUACCAAAAUUUGGUAAAUAACAAUAGUACUAGGUAAGUGUCAAGCAGUACCAGGUAACAACAUAUCUACUUGAUGAUAUAAACAAAUACAACCAAUUCUUCACUCAGGAAAACAAAAACAGUGUACUACAUUUAGGUCAACAGUACUUGCAUGUUGUGGCCUAAAUUAUCAUUCAAUAAAACAGUAUCAAGAUAUUUGGUAAAUUUAAUAUAACUAUAGUGUUUUAUUUACUUGUAGCUAAAAAAAAAUCUGAAUUGGAAUCUUCAUCCCUUGAACCUGUUGAGUAAAACUCAACUUGACAUGAAGCGGUUUCUUCUGUUCUCAUGUCAGGUGACACCAGUCAUCAUUGUUUUUAUUUUUACAAAUAUGGGAACAGUAAAUUUUGGUGCAAUAGCAACAAUAACAACAAAAUGUACAAUGUAGACUAAAAUUGGCAAGUUAAAAAAAUUUAAUAAUUUUUCUGCUUUGGCUAGUAUGAUCGCAGUUCUGUCUCUAUGUCAGCUGACUACAGUCCACGACAAUCCACUUUAAUGACACACAUCUACUUUGUUUUAGUGCAGUAUUGCACGUAAGCAUCAUACCUUAUGUGUAACUUCCAUGCAUAUGGCUAUAUUUUUUCUUGUUUCAAUUGAUAGUGCCCUUCUCUACAUAUCCAUCUGCUGUAUAUGAAGAAGCGUUAGGGCCACUGUAUUACAACCGCUAGAUGGUCAUUUUUACCCAAUCAUAGACUAAAUUUCAAUGCUAAACUGGCUCGUAAGCACUUUCCAUUAUUUCACUAUUCCACUAUACUUGAAUACUUCCGUUAUAGACCAGUUCACUAUAUUUAUUAAUGUGUGCAUGUGUAAUGUAUUUUCUGUCAGUAUUAUGAACAUGUUUUUUUUUCAUAGUAUGUUUAUUAAAAAAAUCUAGUCCUCUAUUUCUAUAAAAAUGAAACAAAAACUGCAAAUGAUUAGUUAUAAACCAACUGAGACUUAUAUUAAGUAGAGUAUUAAAUGCAAGUACUAAUGUAAAAAGGCUGAAAUAUAAAUUAUAUUAAUUAAAAUAUAGUCUAAACAGAAAAGCAUUAAGAUCCAACAGAGACCAAGGGGGGUUUCCAGUGUGCUCACACCCCCACCCCCUUCAUUCAGUAUAUAUGUAAAGGUAAAAUGGCCAAGCAAAUUCAUGGUUCUUACCCCUGGGUUCUAGGCACCUAGAGUCACCUUACAUGUAAUCCUGCUCUGUGUCUCAAUCUUCUAGAUAACAGGAAACAAAUGUUGUGAUUGGCAAGUUAUAUGUGGAAUACAACUUUGCUCUGUUCUGACAGUCUCCACAGCUAUAUAUUAAAGAAAUAGUAAGCUUUCUUUCAACAGUAGAAUCAAUCACAGUGGGACAAGUAAGGAUGACGUACCCUACAAACUACAGGAAUUAAGAGAUCUCUUACACUUGGAAAAGGUCUUAUGUCACUGGGGUAUACAGAGAUCCUAAUUGAACUGCAACAUCGAAAUUAUUAUUUUGAUUCA